UUACCGAACGAUGCGUCACUAGUAAACAGGCCGUGUUGGUGGUAGUUUGAGGCUGUUCUUUCUGUGGUGUUGUUAUCCGUGUUCAGCCAUGGGGAAGUCGUUUGCUAAUUUUAUGUGCAAGAAAGAUUUUCACCCAGCGUCAAAAUCCAACAUAAAGAAGGUAUGGAUGGCAGAGCAGAAAAUAACCUUCGAGAAGAAGAAGCAGGAGGAGUUGAUGCAGGCUUAUGUGAAAGAGCAGGAGACCUACAACAACAGACUGCUGAUGGGUGAUGAAAGAGUGAAAAAUGGCCUGAAUUUUAUGUAUGAAGCUCCUCCUGGUGCAUCCAAAGAGGAAACCAAAGAGGAAGGAGAAGCGGAGUAUAAGUUUGAGUGGCAGAAGGUUGCUCCUCGUGAAAAGUACGCUAAAGAUGACAUGAACAUCAGAGAUCAGCCUUUUGGGAUCCAGGUGCGGAAUGUACGGUGUAUCAAGUGUCAUAAGUGGGGUCAUGUGAACACAGACAGGGAGUGUCCUCUCUUUGGACUGUCUGGAAUCAACGCCAGCUCUGUAGCAAAUGAUGAAGCAGGCCCGUCGAUGCACCCCUCCGAGUUAAUGGCAGAGAUGCGGAACAGUGGGUUUGCGCUGAAGAAAUGUGUCCUUGGGAGGAACGCCACUGUUUGUGAUCCAGCACAGGGGUUUGUGGCCAGUGAGGAAGAAGAGGAUCCUGAAGUCGAGUUCCUUAAAUCUUUAACCACGAAGCAGAAACAGAAGCUCCUCAGAAAACUUGACCGGCUAGAAAAGAAAAAGGACAAGAAGAAGAAGAGUAAAAAGGAGAAAAAGAAGAAACGCAAACAGAAGAAAAAGACGACUGAGAGUUCCUCCAGCAGCACCUCGGACAGUAGUAGCAGCUCUGAGUCUGAAUCUGAAAGACACAAAGCUAAAAAAGAGAAGAAGGUGAAAAAGAAGAGAAGGAGAGACUCAUCCAGUGAGAGCAGUUCUGACAGUGAGAGUGAAGGAAGACCGAGAGGAAAAAACAAGGAGCCUUGCAAUAGAAACCGCAUUCAGAGUCCUGAUUCUAAGCAUAGCCGAGACAAACAUGAGCGCACAGAGUCAGACGAGCAGGACAGACGACGAGAAAAAGGUCAGAGGUCACCACAUAGAAAAGAAAGCCUGCAGAAUGAGAGCAAAGAGACAGAAUGGAGGAAUAAGGACAGGGAGAGAAGAGGGGGCGAAAGAGAGAAGGGUGAACAUAGAAUCAGCAGAACCAGGGAUGGUGAGAGAAAUAGGAGUUUGAGUGGAGAGAGAGGAAGGAAAAGGAGGGAGAAGAGUUGGGAUAAUGAAAGGAUAAGGGAGAAGGAAAGGAAUGCCAAACAAAGAAGUGUGAGUAAUGAUCAAGGUAGAAAUGAAAAAAGAAGGAGUCAAAGCCGGGAUAGACAACAAGAGAACAAGGCGAGGAGGAAAGAGAGGAGUGAUAGUUUUGAACGAAGUAGAGGUGGAAAAGGAAGAAGUAGGAGUAGGGAGAGAGUGAGAAGCAGGAGUAGGGAGAGGAUAAGAGAGAGGAAUGGGAGUAAGGAACGAGUAAUGAUCAGGAGUAGGGAGACAGUGAGGGAUGGGAAGGAAAGGAACAGAAGUCCAUGUCGGGGCGAUAGGAAACGAUGAGGGAGAAGCAGAGACACUGAAAUGACGUUUUCCUAUUGAUGUAAUGUAUGAUUUGCGUUUAAUGUGAAACUGUAUUGGGCAUACAAUGAUCUGUAAUGUUUUUACUCCUUUAAAUAUUAAGUUGCGUCAAUCUUUAGUUUUCAGAGUUUGCUUUUGGUGUAUUAAAAGUGGCUUAUAUAUCUGA